AUGGCGGAUCCAGAGGGUGUCGAAGAUGAUCUCUUCGCCGAUCUGUACGAAGCAGAUGAGCCUACCGCCCAAGCCACUUCAGCGACGGAAGUACCAAGACCUUCAAUCUCUGCGACAUCUGCCACUGCAGCUCAACCCAUUGGCCAUAUCGCUCAGAGUGUCGAGACCCCCCAGUUUGAAGCGGAACCUCCACAGAACUUCUACCAGACACCCCAGUACCAGGGGUAUGAUGCAUCGCAAGCGUAUGGUGCAGGGCAAUUAGAUGGUCAUGGAGGUAUCAAUGCGCCGGCCGCUGCUGCAGAACCGGAGCCCCAAGGGACCGGUAUCAAGGAAGACGGGUAA